GUCUUCCCAUUUCAGUUGCCCUAUUUCCUUCACUUCAAAACCCUGAAUUUUCCGUCCGUUGGUAAAACCCUCAUCAGCCGCCAUGGCCAUGGUAUGUCGCCUGAGAGUGGCUGCUGCUCCUCUUGCGCGACUCCGCUUAGGUCAGAUCAAACGCCAUUUCUAUGGAUCGGCGGCUCAGCUUCAUUACGAUUACGAUGACGAUUAUGAUUACAACGAGAGCCCCUCGGAGAUGGAGGACUCCCUGGGAUCAGUGUCGGGUAGGGGCGUUCAGUGGGUUGUAAUGGGCGAUCCAUCGACGAAUAGGCAAAUGUACGCGGAGAAGUUAUCACAACUCCUCAAAGUACCUCAUAUUUCCAUGGGAACCCUCGUUCGUCAAGAGCUCCACCCUCGCUCUUCUCUUUAUAAACAGAUUGCCGAUGCUGUGAAUCAGGGCAAGCUUGUGCCAGAGGAAGUGAUUUUUGGUCUGCUAUCAAAGAGGUUGGAAGAAGGUUUCUACAGGGGUGAAACUGGGUUCAUUUUGGAUGGAAUUCCUCGAACAAGAAUGCAAGCUGAGAUUCUUGACGAAGUUGCGGAUAUAGAUUUGGUCUUAAAUUUCAAAUGCACAGAAGAUUGUCUGCAAAAGAAGCAUGGUGAUGUUGGACAUGAAGCAUAUGCUUCUUCUUACCAAGAUAUUCUGAGUGUCAAUGGGCGCAAUUCAAUGAAGAAGCCAUUGGAUUUGGAAGAAUACUACAAGAAACAAAAGAAGCUUUUAAACUUCAAUGUAGCUGGUGCACCUGGAGAAACAUGGCAAGGACUUUUGGCUGCUUUACAUCUUCAACAUAUGAAUGCUCUCACCUCUUCUUCACACAAAAAAAUGGACAAUGGGUUUGUUGGGGUUUGCCACUAUUUUAUGAGCUUGGCUUAG